AUGACAAGAAGCUCGACGACAUGUGCGUUUCACAUCUUAGAAAGAUGGACGUAUUCGACAAACACUUAUCGUACUGUGUUGAAAAUCUUAGGAUUAUGGCCGUACAAUAACUCGAUUCACGUAUGGAUUCAGAGAUUAUGGAUAUUGGCAUUAUUUCUUGGCAAUGUAAUAUUUCAGAUUGUGUCGCUAUUAACUUCUGAAAUUACGUUACAAAACUGUAUUUUAAUAUUGUCUACGACAUGUCCACUUGUAAUAGUUUCGUUACGAUAUGUAAGUUUGAUAUUAUUUUUUCCUACGAUAAAACUUUUAUUUCGUCACAUGCGUAUGGAAGAAGCUAUGGUACAAGAUUCAAUAGAAGCACAGAUACUAGGAAAAUAUAUCGAUGAUUGCAGCUGUAUGAUCGACAUCUUUUUCUGUAAGAAAUAA